CAUUGAAGCCCGUCUGUAUAAAUAAAGCCUCGGUACUCACAUAAGUACAAGUACAAGUACUACCAGUAGAGUUAACAAUAAUAACAAGUGGGGAACAGAGAAGUGUGUAGCCCAUACCAUACCAAUGCUCUAUCCAAUCUCUGAUGACUUUGCCGAUGCAUUCCCGGCACAUGCCAUGCCGGUCAGACGUGUACCGUCCACAUUACCUUCCGGAUGGAUUGAUAGUUGAUAAAGACGGUUAUCGGUCCAGCUUUCGGUUUUGUUUUCUUUUUAUUGUUUUCCCCCCGGCGAAUUCUUCUUCGGGACUCAAUGACAAGUUCGCCAAGGUGUUGGUUUGUUUUUAGUGAAGUGUUAGACUUAUUUUAAUUAUUUUUAUUAUUGAUAUGUUUAUUGUUGUCCAUUCAAAGGAAUAAUUUUUAGUUUUUAUCUUCUUAUUAAAAUAAUUAAUGAUGGCUUCGCAAAGAUAUGUUUAUCUACUUGUAGUCUACUGCUACUGCCUGGGAAUAUUUGCUACUAAGAGCACAUUUUCAGAGCACAGUCGAGGCCGGAAGUUGUUCGGUGGGUACCGAAUAGAGCCAAAAGUGUGUCGCCCAUCAAACCCCUCGCGAGUGCGUGGGGAGGACCCACCAAUCUGUAUGUUCAAUUACGAAUGCAGCCAGCGAAAUGGGCAAGUCGUUGGAGCUUGCAUGGACGGCUUCUUAUUCGGAGCUUGCUGUCAACUGCCAGCGUCCUCAUCUUCCUCUUUGUUAUCAUCAGCGACCUUCCCGCCCUUCCCGCCAGUCGACCAUGAAACAAAAACCUUCGAAACAACCAAAAAAUCAACUUCAACUCCCUCUUUCGACCACCAGAGCACCAUGGACGAUUUAUCUCAGCCCGACAUCCUGGAGAACCCCGACAACAGCCUCCAAAAUAAACAAGAGCCAUCGGAGCUUAAACCGGUAGCGACAUUAACGCGCCCGGAUCAGGUUCUCCAAAUAGAUCCGGUGUAUCACUUGCCUAGUUUAUUCUCCCACGGGCUUCCCGCGAGCAACACCUCGCACCUGGAAACAGUUCUGCUGGACCAAAACGGGACUGCGAUCGACAACAAGAUCGAUUUUUCCUUCAAGCCCCGACCCACCAAUCGGUCCACAGUCUCCCCCUCCUACUCCUCCUCCCCCGCCGUCGCAACUACAAAAAAAUUGGGCUCCAGCACCGAAAGCACUCGCUUGCGUCCUACCCACUAUAUGAACACCCACCUCAUCUCCUCCAGCACGGAGUCAAAUUUAGUCCGCGUGAACACUUUGCCCGGCAACAAAAAACACGACGACUCAAAUGACUUUCACAAAGAGGAGAUUGCGAUAAAUCAUAUAAUAUCGAUUCUGAACGCUAGUACGCCAAGUGGAUCGAGCGCAUCUUCCUCCCAUGUCACGCAGCAAUUAAAUACCGGAAGCUCAUCGAUUCACGGAUGGGUGACCAUCGAUGACACAUCGGAAUCAACAAACACUCAAACCUUUCCUUAUACAUACUACAAACCCGUUCAAUCAACAAAACCCGCUAAUUUCUACCAUUACCAAGUCGCCUCCUCGACUCCGCUCGUUUCCACGACUAAAAGCAAACCAACCCGACCUUCUAAUAUAAUUUUAUCCUCCGACUUUACUCACAAAAAUAACUACAACUAUCCAACCACUCAAAGUUUGUCUUCUAGUUAUCAAUAUUUGUCCACUAAGCCAACGACUCUCCCACCCGCACCUACUGUUAUUGUUUUGGGGCCACUUGGGACCAAUGAUUUUACCAGUGUUACUUCUCCUAAGCCGUUCACGAAGCGACCUAAUAAUAAUAAUAAUAAUAAUAAUAAUCAUCAGCAGCAAAAUAAACCAAUUUAUUCCUCUUCUUCUUCUUCAUAUUAUUCUUCAGCCAAACCUUCCUCGCCAAAACCUUUUAAUAAAUCUACAAUAAAACCGAAUCAAACUAAAAAACCGGGAACUACAAUAACCCACAAUAUAAGCACGGUUAUUUCAACAGACAGUGCUGACACUUCGAGCAGCAGUAAUAUUAUUUCAACAAGCUUUAUUAAUGUUAAAUUGAAAGAUUCGACGAGUCCAAAGCCUUCUGGUACAAGUGGAGCGACUUCAACGUCUUCUUCGACGAUAACAACAACUGUUGUGACCAAAAAGCCAACUGUCUGGACGACGUUGUCCGCUUGGUCGAGCAAGCCUAGUUUUCAGCUGAGACCUGGACAGACUGAUCUGGAGUGGACUCAUGAAGGCUUAACGCCGGUUCAUACGAUUGUUUUUAAGCCUACGUCGAAGCCAGUAAGUAAUAUUGUCACUGUUGAAAGCGACGAGGUCGAAGGAGCGACUACCACUAACGAUCACUUGAUAAACUUCCCUCCAGACCGCAAUCCUAAUUUGACCAAUUCUACUCCGACUUCUCAGCAAGAAAAGCCGACGAUUGUCGAAGCUUCGAAUAAUACUAAUCAGGAGGUUGAAAUUGAGAAUGAAAAUGAAAUUCACACACCGAGUUUUAUUGAAGACGAAGUUCUGACCAAUAAAGUUGACGAUUUUGUCAAUAAAAUUGUAGAUUCUUUGCAAGGAAAUUUUCAAGAUUUGAAGGACAUUGUUUAUAGUAAGAAAAAUGCAACCACUCCGACGGUUGUUACCAAAAAACCUCCGACGAAAAGACCCACUCAGCAGAAAGUUACGACCAAAAAACCACCGACCAAGCGACCUGUUAAGCCCGCUACUUACGCAGCUACUACGGGAAAACCUGUUAAGGUUACAAAGCCUGACAAAGUCACUACGGGUAUUGUUUCAAGCACCAAGAGACCUAUUGUCACCACCAAACGACCUGUCAAACCCACUAAAAAGGUUAAUGUUACCAGUAGUAGUGUUUCAACUACUCAAAAGGUUGAAUUUCAACAAACCACUGAGGCUUAUUCCGCUUCCGAGACUACUCUAUUUUCUACAACGCCGGAUUUUCGUAGAGAGUGUGGAGUAAGACCAAUGAUUAAGACAGGACGUGUUGUUGGUGGUAGAAAUGCAACAUUUGGUGAAUGGCCAUGGCAAGUAUUGGUACGCGAAGCCACAUGGCUUGGAUUAUUUACGAAAAAUAAAUGUGGAGGUGUACUUAUUACUGAAAAAUAUGUUAUUACUGCUGCGCAUUGUCAACCUGGAUUUUUGGCGUCGCUAGUUGCAGUGUUCGGUGAAUAUGACAUCUCAGGUGAGCUCGAGCAGCGAAGAAGUGUGUCAAGAAACGUAAGAAGAGUUAUUGUUCAUCGCGAAUACGACGCCGCGUCGUUUGCUAACGAUUUGGCGAUCCUCGAGCUGGAGAAGCCGGUUGAAUUUGACGCCCACAUAGUUCCUAUUUGUAUGCCCGAUGACAAUACCGAUUAUGUGGGGAGAAUGGCCACUGUCACUGGAUGGGGUCGUGUUAAAUACAACGGCGGAGUUCCGUCGAUUCUUCAAGAAGUUCAAGUUCCUAUUAUGGAAAAUUCAGUGUGUCAAGAAAUGUUCAGGACUGCGGGUCAUUCGAAACUUAUUUUAGACAGUUUUCUUUGCGCUGGAUAUGCUAAUGGUCAAAAAGAUUCUUGUGAGGGCGACAGUGGAGGUCCGCUAAUGAUGGAAAAACCAGACGGAAGAUGGUUCUUAGUCGGUACAGUGUCUCACGGUAUAAAAUGCGCAGCUCCGUAUUUACCAGGUGUCUACAUGAGGACAGCGUACUUCAAACCUUGGCUCCACAGUGUCACCGGUGUUUGAUAUAAUUAUCCUUCCCAAAAAUAAAAAAUAAAUAAAAUCAAUGUACUCUUAAAGCAACAGAGCAUGUGUACAAAAGGACCUAUUUAUGCACGCGUGUCAUGCUAAUAUAUAUAUAUAUAUAUAUAUAUUAAACAUAUAAAUCUUCGACAAAGUACUGAGAUAAAUUGUACAAGACGGUC